AUGGGCUCAGGGACGACGGGUCCUUUGCGGCUUACGUUGCAAUCAAAGCCCACGCCGCCGUUCCUAUCCCUCAAGGUGAGAGGCACUCGAUCCCUUUGCAAUUUGAGCUUUCAAACCGACAAGGUUACCAACCAUGAUUUUACAGGGGUGCCGGCUACUCUGGCUACUUCCUCGACAGAUGCCUUGAUGACACCGUUCAAUGCAAUCGUCAACAGGGCAAAGUUGAAGAAAGGCGAGACUGUGUUAAUCUUGGGAAUUGGUGGGCUGGGAUUUAAUGCCCUUCAACUGUCGCUUUGGCUCGGGGCAAAUGUUUACGUCCUGGAUAAGAGGCAGGAGGUAUUGGAUCAAGCAAUCAUCUUCGGCGUACAACGCGAGAAUACCUUUACUAGCAUCGAAACGCUUUCGGAGCUGAUUGCCUCCAAGAACAUCCUCAUUGAUACUGUGGUGGAUUUUGUUGGCAAUGAAGAAUUGUUCACCAUAUCCCAGAGCAUUGUACGACGUGGGGGGACGAUUGUUGUAGUGGGAAUCCAGGCAAUGCACCUAAGCCUUGAUAACGCCACCAGCCUUCAGAAGCAGCUCAGCAUUCUGUACAGCUUCGGCGGAAGUGCAUGCGACAUCAAGAAUGGGUUGAAGCUGAUUGCAGAAGGCGUGGUUAAACCUCAAGUAAAAACAGCGCCGUUGAGCGAAUUCCCGCGUCUCUUGGAAGACCUGCACAAUGGACGGGUGGAGAGCCGAAUGGUGUUAAUUCCGGACAUGUAG